UUUUACGCACAGCAACCCUUGUCAUUUUCGAUAAAGAGUGAUUCUGUUGAAAACAAAAUGUUGUUGCUGAAGGUUUCGGCUCCUUGGUUGCUGCUGGUUUUACUCGGGCAGCUGGUCUCUCUCUCCUGUGGUGCGCGCAAAUCGGACAAAGCCGUGGUUCCAGCCGGUGGCAGAGCGCAUAGGAGUGGGAACAAGGGUGUAGCGGGCGGCCGGGGAAAGUUCACCACCAAGGAAAAGAUGCAGUGCACGUGGGUUGCCAAAGACGUCAGUGACGCGGUCCAGCUGCUGGUCAAAUGUGAGAACCCGGAGGCUCGCAUCAAAGGCGGAAUCACCGACCUGAGCUGUAAGUACAACGCCAAACCUCGGGAAUGCCCGGGCUACCGGUCCGACCCCAAAAACUUCUGGAAACAGGUGGCCCGCGCGCUCAAACGGCUGCAAGGUAAAAUGUGCAAGGACGAGCGCGCGCUGGUGAGGACCGGCAUGUGUAAGCUCGCACCCCGAAGUGCGCACUUCAAGCUGGACAUCUCGAGCUCCGUUGCCUCCGCUCAGGCCGGAGACCCGGAGACUCCCCCUGCGCCGCCAUCAACACCAUCACCCCGCCCUACCCCCUCGGCAACCACAGCCUGCACGAGGAGACGCGCGGACCACAGUAAAACGGCCGAAGAGUUCUGCAGCAGCUCGUGGGCGAGCGUGUGCUCGUUCUUCUUGUCCAUGAUGCAAAGCGAGGAGGACUGCUAGCUCCAGCUUACGGGAGGAGACGUGGUGGACUUCACGCAGGAUUUAUUUUGAGUCUCUUAUUUUUAAUCGGCAAAAUCAGAUAUUCUCUCUGUGCGCAUGCGUAUCAAUAUUAGGCUACACGUUUUACUCAGGUGAGCUUAUUUAUAAGGAGUUUGGCUCAACUAAUCAGAACUGAAGAUUUUCCUAUAAAUGUAACGGCAGAUGUGAAAAGUAAGAUUUUUGUGUUACUGUGUUAACUAGAUUUUUAAAAUCCUUGUGUAUAUCAGUUUUAUACCUUUUUAGAAGUAAAUAUACAUUCCUGUUAUUGUCAUUUUAUUUAAAAAAUUCAACAUAAAGUUAUCAGUCCUCUUUGAAUGGUAUGUCUUAAUCAUAAAGUAGACACUCUAAUUGUUAAGUGCUGCUCACACAAUCAUAGAAUUAUCAUGUGCUUAAACUACAAUACUGUUGCUCAGUUCUCUGUACUUUUUUACUGGAGUGAAUUGUUUCUUCUACCUCUGGUCAUGAGCCAACCACCAAUGU